CCCAGAGAGAGAGAGAGAGAGAGAGAGAGAGAGAGAAAGCGUGCGACUAGAGAGAGAAUAGCGGUUAUUAGGGUUCGGAGAGAUUCAUAGAAGAAGAAGGCGAAGCCAACGACGGUAGAAUUCAUGGAGAAGUACGAGAAACUGGAGAAGGUAGGUGAAGGAACGUACGGGAAGGUGUACAAGGCGAAAGAUAAGGAUAGCGGAGAGGUGGUGGCCCUGAAGAAGACCCGUCUUGAGAUGGACGAGGAGGGAGUCCCUCCCACCGCUCUUCGCGAGGUCUCUCUCCUCCAGAUGCUCUCCCAAUCCCUCUACGUGGUCCGCCUCCUCUGCGUCGAGCACUCCCUCAACAAACACGGCAAGCCUCUCCUUUACCUCGUCUUCGAGUACCUCGAUACCGAUCUCAAGAAGUUUAUCGAUUCCCACCGCAAGUGCCCCAAUCCUAGGCCACUCCCUCCCCCCUUGGUCCAGAGCUUUCUUUACCAACUCUGCAAGGGUGUUGCCCACUGCCAUUCUCACGGCGUUCUCCACCGCGAUCUCAAGCCCCAGAAUCUGCUUGUAGACAAGGACAGGGGCAUCCUCAAGAUCGCUGAUCUUGGCCUUGGCCGCGCCUUCACCGUUCCUCUCAAGAGCUACACCCACGAGAUCGUCACUCUCUGGUACAGGGCUCCCGAGGUCCUCCUCGGAUCCACCCAUUACUCUACCGGGGUCGACAUUUGGUCCGUAGGUUGCAUCUUCGCCGAAAUGGUAAGACGCCAAGCCCUUUUUCCUGGAGACUCCGAGUUCCAGCAAUUGCUUCAUAUUUUCAGGUUGCUCGGCACACCUACCGAGAAGCAGUGGCCAGGAGUUACUUCUUUGAGGGAUUGGCAUGUCUAUCCACAGUGGGAACCUCAAAACUUAGCCAGGGCUGUUCCUUCUUUGGGACCGGAUGGUGUUGACCUCCUCUCGAAAAUGCUAAAAUAUGAACCAGCUGAAAGAAUCUCAGCCAAAGCAGCGCUUGACCACCCUUAUUUUGACAGCCUUGACAAGUCUCAAUUCUGAAGUUGUGUUGCUGGUCUGAAGUCUCUGUGGUUAAUGGAGUCUUUACAGGGAACUUGCUUUAAUGUGGUUUGAAGGGCUGACUUUCUUUAAUUGAUGCUUGGUGCAAUCAUUUCUCAUCAUCUUGGUGAUUUAAACCUUGCUGUAUGUGAUUCACAACUGAUGUUGCAAUAUUUUUUUUUUAUUUUGCAGUUUUUUCACUUUUAGAUAUAAUAUCAGCAAGUUAACGCU